AUGCUGGUCCCAAACUGGGUUAUCUGUGCACUUUUCCGUUCUACCUUUCUUCGUUUUUUUCUUUGUUCCAUCGAAGCUUCCUCGGCAAGAUCAAUUUCUUCUUUCUAGAAGAUUCUAGAAACAUUAAAAGAGCCCUAGAGCUUAAUCAAUCUUUUCUAGAAGAUUCUCAAAUCAAAUAAUUCUAGUAUCAAUUAUUGAAGGUUUGGCUAUGGCUGAUUCUUCUAAGGACGAUUUAUUACAGCUCAUCAAGCGAAUUAGCGCAUUUAUUACUCUCAAAAUAUCUAAUCUCUUCCAAAACCUGGAUUCAAGAUCUGUAGGAGCUAUAGCAGGUCUUGCAUUUGCAAUAGUUUUUACCUGGAGAAUAUUGAGAUCACCUAGUGGACCACAGAGGAGGCGUCCUAAGCGACAAGCUGUUACACCUGGUAGUUCUGGUGUAAGCAGUCAUUUUAGUGAAAAUAUAGCAACUUCAGGAGUUAGCGUCCCUUCAGAGGAUUCAAGUGCACAAAAUAUCAUUGAUGAGUUCUUUCAGCCAGUAAAGCCGACACUCGGGCAAAUAGUUAGGCAAAGACUGAGUGACGGAAGGAAGGUAACAUGUCGGUUGCUCGGAGUAAUCCUGGAGGAAACUAGCCCAGAGGAACUACAGAAACAAGCAACUGUCCGGUCCUCCGUGCUGGAAGUGUUGCUUGAAAUCACCAAAUUUUGUGACUUUUAUCUCAUGGAGAGAGUACUUGAUGAUGAAAGUGAAAAAAAGGUCCUACUGGCUCUAGAAGAUGCCGGAGUAUUUACAUCUGGUGGCAUGGUCAAAGACAAGGUUCUUUUUUGUAGUACUGAGAAUGGGCGAACAUCAUUUGUCCGACAACUGGAACCUGAUUGGCACAUAGAUACAAAUCCGGAAAUCGUUUUUCAAUUAGCGAGAUUUAUCAAAUAUGAGCUACACAUUUCACCUAACAAGCCUGAAAGAACAGCUAUGAAUGUCUUCAGCUCAACAUCUUUGGAGCAGUUUUUCGGAACUGUUUAGAUGCAUAUCCGGAAGAGCUCUAACACGUUUUCGUUUACUUUAGGUCUCACUUUUUUCCUGCCUCAACUUUGGGCUGUGAAAAUUCAUAAUUUUUAGCUCAAUUAAAUCUUUUUCUGGUACCUGCAACUUCAUAGUUUGAGGUUCAAGGAACACAUUCUGUAUAUUACCCUGUUGUAUUCAUAACAGAUCACUGUAUAAUUUACGUGGUUGUGCUGUA